AACAAGCAACAUCGCGCUUCCAGUCUCUCCAGUAUCCAUCGACAAUUUCUCUAAAUCCUCUCCAUUCCACAGAAAUAAUAAAUGAGCUAUUAAUCGAUUGAUCGGAAAGGAUUCAUGACAGUUUACUGAUUUAUUGUACUCAGUGACUUGACGAUCAACAGGUCACACGUACCACGAGGGGAGGUAAUGGCGAUUUAUAUCGCGUACCUGUUUGUGAAUUGAUCUAGCCUCAGACUCGGCAGCUGUUGCGCUAGGAGGAGAGCCGUGAAUCCUGUAAAUCUUUUAAAAAUAUAUCCAUUGUUUAUUGUAUGUUAUUUUGUGCCGUGGGAAUAUCGAUUGAACUGCGGUAAACAAUGUAGCCAGUGGUAUGUGCAUGGUGCAUAACAAAAUUGAAGAGAGACGGUGUGAUGAAGUGAAUUUGAUGGGACAGCGGAUUUAAUGAUUCCAGCGUGAUUACACGGAGAUUGACAGGGCUGAUAACAUCGUGCGCUAGAUUAAUCCGUUGAAAAUGGUUUUCUAACGAGAAUCGGAUAUUUUGAGCGAGCAAUAACAUCGAGGGGAUAAAAAUUGAGGAAGAAAAUGGCGAUGAACAGUCCGGGGCCGUACAACAGCCUAAAAUCCCCGAGGAGUCCACGUCAACUUCCCCAGUUGCCCCAGGUCACCUCCAUGACAGGUCAGAGAAGUCCCUCCAUAACACCUCACAAUUUCACCUGCAAAUCACCAGGAACUCCCAGGGUUUUUGAAUUUCCCCCUGAGUAUUGCCCAGAAACACCCAAUGCUAAUUUUGAUUUUGAAGAUUUUGGUAAAAUUGAAUCAAUAUCUGGAUCGAGAAGUAAUUUACUGGCGGAGAGUUUUCCUGGUGGCACGAGUGUCUCCAACAGCUUCAGGAAUUCUCCUAUUUACAGUCAACAUUCACCAGCGGCGAAGAGCCCUCGAGGUGCUGAAUCCAAAUCACCAGUUUUCCAGUUCUGCAGCCCGAGGAAAAAUUUUGGAAAAACUCUGAGUUGUCCAACGAAGAGUCCGGUGUCAACGCCACCAAAAAUCAACUCGUCAUCGAGGAAUAAAUCAACGAGUUGUGGAUCACCUCAGGGUUUCCGUCAGAAGACAGCUAAAUCGUUGGAGACGGGGAGAAGGAAUUCGUGCUUGAGUCUCGGAACUAAUAUGUCACCGACGACUAUUGUCACGUCGUCUUCACGGAGUCCGAGUCCUAGGGCAGUUGAUAAUGGGUCAUUCGAGACUUGCUCGAAUCAGGAGACUCGUGAUAAAUUAUCAAAGGCAUCCAACAGGGAUACGGAGAGUCCUAAGGGGAUGAGACAACGACUCGGCAGUUUACAAUUGAACAAGAGUUAUGGGUGUUUGAAUGAGGUCGGUGAGAAGCCCUUGAUGAGGUCAACCGGGAAAAAUUUUGCGAGAAAAUCUACUAGUGAUCUCACCGAGUUCGAUGCUGCCGUAGGGGAUGAGGUUGGAACUGAAGUUACUGUCUUAUCUAGUCCCAGGAGGAGGGGCUCCAUGAAAGGCGGAUUGGCUUAUCUGGCAUCGAGACGUGGAUCUCGCGAUAGUCAGGCGUCCAAUCUCUCGAAUGUCAGCAAUGAGGAUAUUGGACCCUUGAAUUUCAGCGCUCAUCCGAGGGGACGACAGAGAAGAACUUCCAAUUUUCUGGAAUUACCAGAGGUUGUCGAUUUUGACACCCCCAAUCGGAUGAACCCAGUGCGAUUGAAGUUUAUCUGGCUUCGAGAUCGAUGA